GAAACCACUGCACGCCAGAAGCGCCGCACGGCACCGCGGCGGCAGCUCGCGACGCUGAACCGGACGAGCGGAGCGCAGUUCCAGAGAGCGACGGCACCGGAUGGCCCGGUUCUGAUCGGCGGGCCGCCUGAAGCAGAGGACCCCCCCCCCCCCCACAAGAACUUUUAAUGCUCUUAUCGAUGCGGAUGGAAGUGAUUUGGGAGUACAGCCCCCUCUCCUCCUCAGCGGUGGUACCCUGAAGUCAGACUACAAAGAGACGAGAGGUCGGACCCUGCAGCAUGGACACUUUCUUUACUGAGGGGGCCCGUGUGUGGCUCAGACACAAAGAGCAGCUCCUCCCCUCCACCGUCACGUCGUCUGAUGACUCGUCCCUGGUGCUGACCGUCGACUAUGGAAAGGUGCUCUACCUCCAGAAGGAAGACGUGAACAGAGAGACCGUGUACCCGAUGCACCCCAGCAGCGUCCGGGGCGUGGAGGACAUGUCCACGCUGGCGGAGCUGCACGAGGCCGCCAUCAUGCACAACCUCUUCCUGCGCUACCAGAAGGACCACAUCUACACCAACAUAGGUUCGAUCCUGGCCGCGGUCAAUCCCUACAAGCAGGUAUCGGGCCUGUACGACGGCACGGCGGUGGAUCUGUACAGCCGGCACCAGAUGGGGGAGCUGCCGCCGCACAUCUUCGCUGUGGCCAACGAGUGCUACCGCUGCCUGUGGAAGAGGCACGACAGCCAGUGCGUUCUCAUCAGCGGAGAGAGCGGCGCCGGGAAGACGGAGAGCACCAAGCUGCUGCUGAAGUUUCUGUCGGUGAUGAGUCAGAACUCGGCCGCUACGCCUCUGUCGGAGCGGACCACCAGGGUGGAGCAGGCGCUGGUCCAGAGCAGUCCCAUCAUGGAAGCCUUUGGAAACGCCAAGACUGUGUACAACAAUAACUCCAGUCGCUUUGGGAAGUUCAUCCAGCUCCACUUCUCCCAGAAUGGAAACAUUCAGGGAGGCUGCAUCAUCGACUAUUUGCUGGAAAAGAAUCGCGUGGUUCGACAGAAUCCUGGCGAGAGAAACUACCACAUAUUCUACUCGUUAUUAGCAGGAGCGGACAAAGACCAGAGAGACACGUACCUCCUGUGUGAAGGACCCGAGUCCUAUCACUACCUGAGCCAGUCAGGCUGCGUGCAUGACAGCAGUCUGAAUGACAAGCAGCUCUUUGACAGUGUGAUGGAGGCCCUGAAAGUGAUGGAAUUCACCGAGGAGGAGAUCAGAGACGUGUUCAAGCUGCUGUCUGCAGUCCUGCAGAUGGGCAACAUUGAGUUCAUGACCGCUGGUGGAGCUCAGAUCACUUCAAAAGGGGUGGUCAGUAACGUCAGCGAGCUGCUUGGCCUGGACUCCUUCCAGCUGUCCGAGGUGCUGACCCAGCGCUCCAUGAUCCUCAGGGGAGAGGAGAUCUGCUCCCCCCUCACGGUGGAACAGGCAGUGGACUCUCGGGACUCGGUUGCCAUGGCGCUUUAUUCUCAGUGUUUCUCCUGGAUCAUCAUGAGGAUCAACCAGAAGAUCAAGGGGAAGGAAAACUUUAAAUCCAUCGGCAUCCUGGACAUCUUUGGCUUUGAGAACUUCGAGGUGAACCGCUUCGAACAGUUUAAUAUUAAUUACGCCAACGAGAAGCUCCAGGAGUAUUUCAACAAGCACAUCUUCUCGCUGGAGCAGCUGGAGUACAACAGGGAGGGGAUCCAGUGGGAGGCCAUAGACUGGAUGGAUAAUGCAGAGUGCCUGGAUCUCAUAGAAAAGAAGCUGGGCAUGUUGGCUCUCAUCAAUGAGGAGAGUCGCUUCCCCAAAGGCACAGACUACACCCUUUUGGAGAAACUACACAGCCGACACGCAACUAACCAGUACUACCUGAAGCCCAGAGUGACCGACCAUCAGUUUGGCAUCAGACACUACGCUGGAGAGGUGCUUUAUGAUGUGCGUGGGAUCCUGGAGAAGAACAGGGACACCUUCAGGGACGACAUCUUGUUCAUUCUCAAAGACAGCAGGCUCGACUUCAUCUACGACCUGUUCGAGCGCGUCGGCAGCAGAAGCGGGGACGAGACCUUAAAGAUGGGCACCGCCAGGCGCAAGCCCACCGUCAGCUCCCAGUUCAGGGACUCGCUCCAUUCCCUGAUGGCCACGAUAAGUGCCUCCAACCCCUUCUUUGUACGGUGCAUCAAACCAAACAUGGACAAGAGGGCCAACCAGUUUGAUCCUGACGUGGUUCUGAACCAGCUGAGGUACUCCGGGAUGCUGGAGACAGUGAAGAUCCGCAGGGCCGGCUUUCCCGUCCGCAGGACCUUCAAAGACUUCCACAGCAGGUACAAGAUGAUCCUGAGGAGCGGGCGGAGCUCAGGCGACGAGAAGCGGAGCUGCACGGAGCUGCUGACGCUCCGCGACGGAGCCGGGAGCGAGUGGCAGCUGGGGAAGACAAAGGUGUUCCUGAAGGAGGCCCUGGAGCAAAGGCUGGAGAAGGAGAGGGAAGAGGUGCGGCGCAGGGCUGGCAUGGUGAUCCGCGCCCACAUCCUCAGCUAUGUGGCAAGGAAGCAGUACAAAAGGAUUCUGUCCAGCGUCGUCACCAUCCAGAAGAACUACCGCGCUCACUUCUGGAGGCGCCUCUUCCUCCGCCUGCGCGUGGCCGCCGUCGUCCUGCAGAAGCACCGCCGCGGCCAGCUGGCCCGCUCCCUCUGCUGCCGGCUUAGGGAGGAGAAGCAGGAGCGGGAGCAGGAGGAGCGGAGGAGAAAGGAGGAGGAGCGGAGGAGAGUGGAGGAGGAGGAGAGGAGGAGGAUGGAGGAGGAGAGAAGACGACGGGAGGAGGAGGAGGAGGAGGAGAAGCAGAGAGUCAUGGAGGAGGAGAUGAGGAGGCGAGAGGAGGAGGAGGAGGAGCUGAGGCUGAAGGAGGAAGAGCAGAAAAUGGCAGCCAAAGCAGAAAACAAAAGGAACUCGCUGGUUAACGGGGCCUGUGAGAAGAAGCAGGCGUCCCACGGCCACACGUCCGAGGAGGAGAGCCGUCAGAUGGAGGAGAUCCUGCGCCUGGAGCGGGAGAUCGAGCGUCUGCAGAAGCAGCAGGAGGACGGCGUCUCGCUGCUGGGAGACGCGUCCCGCGAGGAGCGGCGCCAGAUGAGGGACGCCGAGAUCUACAGGCUGGAGAAGGAAGCGUCGCGCGUGGCCACCGAGUUCCUGGAGCUGCUGGACUUCGGCGGCCUGGAGCCGUCCCUCUCCAGCGAGGAGAACCUCCACGACCCGACGGAGUCCAGCGCUCCUCUGGCGGAGGCGGAGGAGGAGGUGGACGAGGGCUUCCACGCUGAGGACGAGUGCGUUCCUCUGCCUGACUUUCCUCCUCCAGCUGCAGUUCCUCUGGACAAGGAGGUCUUCCAAAGCGUCCCCCCUCCCCCGCCCGCCUUUGCCCAAGGACUAGUGGCCGCUCCGUCCUCCACCUCCUCUCCUGCACGGGAGUCGCCGCCCCCGUUCGCCUCCACCAGACUGAUUCAAGGCGGCCCUGGCCUUUCUGCUCGUCCCGUGAACGCUAAUAGGGGGCAGCAGCCGCGCGAGGCGGCCAGCAGGGGGUCCGCCUACGAGCCGGCGAGUGACGGGCCUCAAAACCCAAACGUGCCGGACACAGAGUCGGACUAUGACCAGGAGGAGUUCGAGGAGGCGCACGGGAGUUCAGGCGCUAGUACAAACGAUGGCCACAUCACGGACGAGGAGGUGCUACGGAAGUCCUCUUGCACCCAGAACAGCUUGGACUCCUUCCGAGGCAGCUCUGACUCGUUCAUUGACAGCGACGAGGACAACGAUGGCUACGUGGACACGGACGAGGAGGUGUCCAACGGGAGAGUGAACGUGCUGAACGGCAGCGGGCCUCCGUACUUCCACGGCUACCUCUACAUGAAGAGUGGCCUGAUGAUCCCGUGGCGCCGCCGCUGGUGCGUGCUGAAGGACGAGACCUUCAUGUGGUUCCGGGCCAAGCAGGACUCCCUGAAGUCCGGCUGGCUGUACAAGAAAGGCGGCGGCAUGUCCACCUUGUCGCGGCGCAACUGGAAGAUGCGCUGGUUCGUGCUGCGGGAGUCCAAGCUCGCGUACUUUGAGAACGACAGCGAGGAGAGGCUCAAAGGCACCAUCGACAUCCGCACAGCCAAGGACAUAGUGGACAAUCACGAGAAGGAAAAUGCACUGAAUAUUGUGACUGAGGAGAGGACGUACCAGAUCUAUGCAGAGUCCCCAGAAGACGCCAGCGGUUGGUUCAAUGUGCUGAGUCGGGUCCACUCCGCCAGCCCGGAGCAGCUCACGGAGAUGCACCACGAACAGGCCAACCCGAAGAAUGCUGUGGGCACACUGGAUGUAGGCUUGAUCGAUUCCGUUUGUGCCUCCGACAACCCCGACCGACCGAACUCGUUCGUGAUCAUCACAGCCAACCGUGUGAUCCACUGCAACACAGACACGCCCGAGGAGAUGCACCACUGGAUCGGCCUGCUGCAGAAAUCCAAGGGAGACUCCAGGGUCGACGGCCAGGAGUUCUUAGUCAGAGGCUGGUUGCAUAAAGAGAUGAAGUCCGGAGUCAAAAACACAUCUCUGAAGCUGAAGAAGCGCUGGUUCGUCCUCACCAGUAAUUCCCUGGACUAUUACAAGUCGUCAGAGCGAUGCGCGUCCAAACUGGGAACUCUGGUCCUCAACAGCCUCUGCUCUGUGGUUCAGCCCGACGAGAAGGUCUUCAAAGACACGGGGUAUUGGAACCUAAUCAUCCACGGGCGCAAACACUCGUACCGUCUCUACACCAAGAUGCUGAACGAGGCCAUGCGGUGGGCCAACGCUAUACAGGGAGCGAUAGACAGCAAAGUCCCUAUCGAAACCCCAACGCAGCAGCUGAUCAGGGACAUCAAGGAGAGCAGUUUGAACGUGGAGGCUGUAGAGCAGACCUACUGGAGGAACCCCAUCCUGAGAUAUACCCAGCAUCCUUUGCACGCCCCUCUUCUACCGCUGCCCUACGGAGAUGUCAGCAUCCACUUACAAAAGGAAAAGGGCUACACAAGCCUGCAGGAUGAGGCCGUGAAGGUUUUCAACUCGCUGCAGGAGAUGGAGGCAGUUUCCGACCCCGUGCCCAUCAUCCAGGGGAUCCUGCAGACCUGCCAGGACUUGAGGCCACUACGAGACGAGGUUUACUGUCAGCUGAUCAAGCAAACCAAUCACGUGCCGCAUCCCAACAGCCCUGCCAACCGCGCCCACUGGCAUCUCCUCGCCUGCAUGAGCUGCACCUUCCUGCCCAGCCGAGGCAUCCUACGCUACCUCAAGUUUCACCUCAAAAGGAUCAAGGAGCUGUUUCCUGGUACGGAGAUCGAAAUGUUCGCUCAUUUCAUCGGCGAGUCCCUGAAGAGGACCAAGACCAGAGAGUUGGUUCCCUCCCAAGAGGAGAUCGUGGCGCUGCUCAGCAGACAGGAGAUGACCACCACGGUCUACUGCCACGGAGGGGGCUCCUGCAAGAUCUCCAUCAACUCACACACCACUGCCGGAGAGGUGGUGGAGAAGCUGAUCAGAGGUCUGGCGAUGGAGGACAGCAGGAACAUGUUUGCACUCUUUGAACACAACAACAGCAUCGACCGAGCAGUGGAGAGCAGGGUCCUGGUGGCCGACGUUUUGGCAAAGUUUGAAAGACUGGCCGGCAGUGAGCGAGCUGAAGACGAAGGCCAGUGGAAGCUCUACUUCAAGCUCUACUGCUUCCUGGACGUGGAGAGCAUGCCCAAAGAGGGGGUGGAGUUUGCGUUCAUGUUUGAGCAGGCCCACGAGAGCUUGACCCGGGGCCACUUUCCCGCCCGUGAGGAGACCCUGCACCACCUGGCCGCGCUGCGCCUGCAGUUCCUGCACGGCGACAAGGCGCGCGUCACCUGGAGCCUGGACAACGUCUACCCCGUGGGGCGCCUGCGCAGCCGCAUCCUGCAGUUCACCAAAGUGGGCGGGGCCUCGGGGUCCGGGCAGACCCUGGAGCGCCGGAGGACCAGCUUCCUCGACGGGACGCUGCGUCGGGGCCUGAAGACGGGCUCCAUGAAGAAGCAGCGCAUGGAGGAGGAGCAGAUGCUGGAGAUGUGGGUGAAGGAGGAGAUGUCGGCCACCAGGACCAGCAUCGUGGAGAAGUGGUCCCGCCUCAAAGGUCUGGACCAGCACCAGGCCAUGGUCAAAUACAUGAGCAUCAUCAAAGAGUGGCCUGGAUACGGAUCAACACUGUUCGAUGUUGAGUGCAAAGAAGGCGGCUUCCCUCACGACCUCUGGUUGAGCGUGAGCGCCGAGAACGUGUCCGUGUACAAGCGCGGCGAGCCCAAGCCUCUGGAGACGUUCCCGUACGAGCACAUCGUCUUCUUCGGCGCGCCGCAGCCCUGCACCUACAAGAUCACCGUGGACGAGCGGGAGAUGUUCUUCGAGACGCCGCAGGUGGGCGAGAUCACGAAGAUCAUGAAAGCCUACAUCAACAUGAUCGUGAAGAAGCGGUGCAGCGUGAAGUCUGUGUCCAGCUUCGGGAGCAGCUGGAUCAGGUGAUGGACUGGGCAGGACCCGGGCGUGAAGAAGUGACCGCAAGAGGAAUCGCCUCCACAAAGAUCGGGUCACAGGUUCUGACUGGCCGUGUAGCAAGUAGACAUGUCUAUAGACACACAGGAAUUGUGAUACGCUUGAGGCGCCGUGGGUGAUGUUACUUCAUUGUUUCCAUGCCGUCUCCAGACCCAAUGCUUUUUUAGUUACACUGGUCUUUCAUCUGUUGUUACUUGAAAUCUAGUUCAGGUAUUCAGUGGACUUCAUUUUAAUAUAACGGACAUACUGCACAUUAACAUAUGAGAGUUACUGCAAUUUCCAAGACAGCUUUUCUUUCAUGACUCACACUCUGUCCAGCCCUUGUGUUGAAGUCACCUUUGUUUUCCUGCAGAGUAUUGUGGCCCAUUGGACUGAAUGUUCUCCUGGCUGGAGACUCCCUCAGGUUAUAACGUACAUCCUCCCAGGGGGAUGAUCUCCCUCAUUAUGCCUUAUUUAAGUUUUUAUAGUAUUACUUUCCUGGACGGUGGGUUUCACUGCAGAUGUGGCCUUUCAGGAAUGGAGCUUAAUUUUCUGGGUGCUCAGUGCGUUGGUCGGCGUUAUUGGUCGUCUACACAAAAAGCACAUUACGAAAGGUAAACACAGAUGUUGACUGAGAACAAACACCGCGUCCGUGGAGACCAAACAUCUGUACCUGCUGCAUUGGAGUAGCGUCUCAAAAGGACUCAAAUCAGCUGAACAAUUUGGGAAUGUAUCCACUAAUGUCCUCUGCUUUCAGCUGGUUUCAUAUAUUCUUGGAGAAAUAUGUUUGAAUAUUCCUGUAUUUGAAAUCUUUGUUCAAGGACCAGUUUGGAGCGAUCAUCAUGGGGCCACGUGUGUGGUCUCUCUUUGCCUGAGGAGCGCUUUUGGUUUUGUUUGUUACUGUUUAGACCUUAAAGGCCACGUGAGCCUGGGGUAUUUAUUUAUUGAAGUAUUAAAGGAUUGAGGUCAAACGUGUUGGCGCAGUUUGCUAACACUCAUUCGCUGAGCAUCACUAACAUCUACCCGACCGGAACCAAACUAGUUGUUUGUAAUUCAGUCUUGCUUUUAAUCCCUGCGUGCUGUUUCUGAGCUUUAGGCAACAUAAAUGUACAACUUGCUCACAGCACCCAACAUGAUGUCUCUAUCUAAAUCGUUUCCUCUCCAAGGCCAUUGUACAGUAGGGAUUCAAAUCUAUGCCAAUCCACCUACAGCAUAGCUGAUGAUGAGCAUGAGCCAAACAUACAGAGCUUAGUAUUUACCUCACGGUGCAUUGCUGUCUUCCAUUGCUUCCUGACUGUGCUUACUUUGCAUUCUGGUCAGCUGCCGGCGGCCACACCAGAGACUGAACUUGCCAUUGACGAUGACUGUGUUUCCGAGAUUUCUGAUUGUUUGGAGAAAAAUCAGAACAUGUUUUAUAUCAGAAUAUAAAGAUGCUUUAAUAAAUUAUUGUAUUUCAAAAA